GGUUUGGUGGGGAUGAGUGAGGGCUUAUUGUUGCCGUACAUAAGCAUGUACCUCAAGCUUCUAUGGAUCUUGUAAUACUGGGUGCUCGGUGAUCACAGAUCUGAUUGGUUAGUAAUGGUGAUGUCGUCCCCGAUGUGGAAUGUACAAGUUAGCCUAUUAAUAGCAUGACUGAACCAGUGUGGAUUGUUGAGGUACGCAAAACACCUUCUACUUUUAGAGUUUUGAGUUCCUAAUGGCUGGCCAAUCCUCGGUUUUGAGUAAACCGAGGAUUAGAGAAGAAGUAUCUCUGUCAGGUGACAUUUUUUUUGAAGUAAAAAGAACAAAUCUCUUUAAUUGGAUCUUUAAUGGGCUAGAAUUAGGAAUAACAAGGGGUAUAACGUCACGUACGUACGAUACGGGUAACUAUAGUUGUUGGCAGUACCAUUUGAGGAGCUUUGGCCUUUACCGUUCCAUAUGACUAGUUAAUUAAUUACCCACGUGGCAGCCUUGAUGUCAUAAAGCUUAUUCCAAAACGCACGAUGCGUGACGUGUCUAAAUAAAAAUGUAACUUGCGCCACGCAAUGUUGUGUACCCAUUCGGUUACCAUGUUGAAAUAAAGGGUUUGGCGGGGACCACCGGAAGCGACGGCACUAUUUGUUCCAGUGGAAAGACAGGUAGGUCUUCGGGUUUGGGGGUAUUUGGAACCCAGUGGACCCACUGCCGCGUGGCGGACGUGCCGCGUGUCAAUAGCGGAGCCCUUCGGUGACGGCGUCAAUUUUUUAGACCGCGGGGGUCCAUAUCGAACGAAAUUUUGGCGUUAAGCCUAGUGAGAACCGGAACGUGUCGCGAAACGUCCAGCGUGUCGGAGAGGCAACCGGCUAUCGACGGCGACGAACCGGGCCUUUUUCCCAUAAGAUGAGAGAUAUCGAGAGAGGGAGUUCAUGAGGUUGUCUCUCCCGAUAUCUCCCUGAUGCGAGUGGGCGAAAGGGAAGCUCCCCUCUCCUUGUCUCGGCGAAGAUCGCUCUGUGUGUCAUACUCCCCAUUUCUCUCUCUCUCUCUCUCUCUCUCCCCAUCGCUGAUCUCUUCUUCUUUCCUCUUCGAUCCGAUUGUAUGAUUCUUCCUACAUUUUGACCUCCAUCAAAAUUGUGUUCUCCAGAAUUUGUUUCCCUCUGUGUUGGCGUAAUUUGGGGGUUCAGAACUUUUAUUUGUCCUGCUGGGAAUCCCGGUCCGGGUUUUGGGUUUUUGCGAAUUAUGUACUUUUUUUAGGGUUCCGAGAUUGAUAGAUUGGCGUACCGCUGCGAAAGUUUUGAUUUUUAGUGGAGAUUAGUGGUCGAGGCCACUGUACACUGGUGGGUGAUAAUUCCCUGGUGGCGUUUCGAACUGGGGGGCGCACGGCAGAAGCGCUCAAACUGGAUCUGCUAUCGAUUUGAUUUGGGUCACAAUUCCAUGAGGCGGCGGUUGUCGGCUUCCGUUCAUCACGAGGGGAUGGAGAAGGCCAACGGCAAGCCUCGGCCUUCUCGGCUCUGCUUCUUGGCCACUCUAUCGGCCAUGUUCUGGAUCAUGAUCUUCUAUUUCCAUUUCACUGUUCUGAGCAGUAACUCUAUCAACAACCCUGAGCAAUCUGGUUCCUACUCCAUUCCUUCCAAAUCCCAACGGAUUUCGGAAGCAUACGAAGCUCUCGAACUGCCAAAAAUGAAGGUGCAGUCCCAAUUGAAGCCAUCAGACCAGCAAGCACCGGAAGUAUUUCCCUUCACCCGUGCCCUCCAGACCAUCGGUAACAAGAGCGAUCCCUGUGGCGGGAGGUACAUCUACGUUCAUGAUCUUCCCUCAUGGUUCAAUGCAGACAUGCUCAGAGAUUGCAGAAAGUUGAGCCUUUGGACCAACAUGUGCAAGUUCACAGGCAAUGCUGGCCUGGGGCCUCCGCUUGAGAAUGCCGAAGGAGUCUUCUCAAAUACAGGGUGGUAUGCAACAAAUCAGUUUGCGGUGGAUGUGAUCUUCAACAACCGGAUGAAGCAGUAUGAGUGCUUGACUAAAGAUUCCUCCAUUGCGGCUGCUAUCUUUGUGCCAUUCUAUGCUGGUUUUGACGUAGCUCGAUAUCUUUGGGGUUAUAACAUCUCAGUCAGGGAUUCUUCAUCUCUUGAGUUGGUUGAUUGGCUUAUGAAGAGGCCUGAGUGGAGUGUGAUGGGGGGGAGGGACCAUUUCUUGGUGGCAGGAAGGAUCACUUGGGACUUUAGGAGAUUGACGGAUUCUGAAUCAGACUGGGGAAACAAGCUUCUGUUCUUGCCAGCUGCGAAGAACAUGUCAAUGCUGGUUGUGGAGUCGAGCCCAUGGAAUGCUAAUGAUUUUGGCAUACCAUAUCCUACUUACUUUCACCCGGCAAAGGAUGCUGAAGUUUUCAUUUGGCAGGAUCGGAUGAGGGAGUUGAAGCGGAGGUAUCUCUGUUCAUUUGCAGGAGCACCACGCCCUGGUAAUCCGAAAUCAAUUAGAGGACAGAUCAUCGAUCAGUGUCAAAGGUCUAAGGUUUGCAAGUUGUUGGAGUGUGAUUUUGGAGAGAGCAAGUGUCAUUCUCCAAGCAGCAUAAUGCAAAUGUUCCAGAGCUCCUUGUUUUGCCUACAACCACAGGGAGAUUCGUAUACAAGGAGAUCAGCUUUUGACUCAAUGUUGGCUGGUUGCAUACCUGUUUUCUUCCAUCCUGGCUCUGCUUAUAUACAAUACACAUGGCACCUCCCGAGGAACUACUCGACAUACUCAGUAUUUAUCCCAGAGGAUGAUAUUCGAAAGAAAAAUGUUAGCAUUGAGGAGAGGUUAAAGCAAAUCCCUCCUGAUGUUGUGGAAAUAAUGAGAGAGACAGUUAUUAGCCUGAUACCUAAGCUGAUAUAUGCAGACCCUAGAUAUAAAUUGGAGACUCUUAAGGAUGCCUUUGAUGUGGCUGUACAGGCAGUAAUUGACAAAGUCACUAAGCUAAGAAGGGACAUAGUAGAAGGCCAUGAAGAUAAGGACUUCAUUGAAGAGAAUAGCUGGAAGUAUGCUUUGUUAGAGGAUGGCCAGCGGACGGUUGGUCCACAUGAGUGGGAUCCUUUCUUCUCUAAACCUAAGGAUGGUAAUGGGGAUUCUGGCACCACAUCUGCUGAAGCUGCUAAGAAUUCUUGGCAGAAUGAACAAAGGAGUCAAGUUUGACCUUCAUUCAAGCUUGAGUUGGAAGAUAAGGCUGGUUGCUAAGCUUCUUGAAGGCAAGCAAACUAUAUUUCAGAACUUUGAUCAUCCAUGUUGAGUAAAUUUGAUGAGCUUGUCUGCAGGUUGUGAGAAUACAUGCCUCUGAUAAUGGUAGUAUUUCAAAGAUAGGCUGCGGAUGUGGUUGUCCUACAUCUUAAGUUUUGUAGUUUUGGAUUUUGGCACAUUCUCAUGAGUAGUUCGUUGUAACUCUUCCAUUACAUGUUUACAAAGAUAGAAACAUUGUAAUUUUGUUCUUUUUAUUUUUUAAGGCCAAAUGAGUAAUACAAUAAAAAUGAAUCCUUGUUGCUGCUUUUCA